UUGCUUUCAACAUUUACAAAAAAGAUUCAAUAACAGAGGAAUGGAAUUACCUUUAUCUUAUCAUUAAAACAUUUCCUCUUUCACGGGAAUUUGAUUCAGACAGAAUUCAUUUAAACACAAAUGACAGGAAAUUAUUUAAAUUCAAAAAGGUUCUGUCAGUGUAUUAUUUGCAGAUAUUUGGUGAAACAAUCUCAAUCAAGCAACAUGGAAAAAAUCACCCUCAUGCUUUUCCUUUUCUGGUGCUGUCUCAAUAAUCUGGUUGUACCAUUUAGUGAUCUUUCGAAUAAUGAGACAACUAUGUAUCAGUAUAGGACAAAGUUGUACGAAAAAAUGCUGAAGACUUAUGAUAAAAGAAUACUACCACAAUGCACUGACGACCCAGUGGAUGUCAAAAUAGAGCUCGCACCUAAGGAGAUAGUUAAUGUUCAGGAAAAUCAGGAAUCCGCUAAAUUCCAGUUGUGGGUCCGACUAUCCUGGUUUGACUGUAACUUGGUCUGGAAUAAGUCCACACAUGGAAACAUCUCUUCAAUUACUGUUCCAAAUGAUGACAUAUGGAUUCCUGAUUUGACCUUAGUAGAGGACAUUGAUUACGUUGCUAACAUGCCGCAAAUGAAGCAAUUUCGUGUACUGGUCACCAGUGAUGGAAACGUUCACUUCAAUUUUUUAACAGUAGUGAAUAUAAUUUGUCCAAUGAACUUAACAUACUACCCUUAUGAUAUUCAGAUGUGUAAUUUCACCUUUUUGUCUUGGAUUCAUACAUCUAAAGAAGUGCAUAUUUAUGCCUCCUCUGAUUUUGGAGAUCUCGAGAAUUUCUCUCCAAAUCAGGAGUUUAUUGUUACAGAAGUAACAGCUAUUAAUGUGAAAAAAGACUACCCUUGUUGCGGAGGAUUUUUCUCACAAGUGACUUACACAAUCAAAAUGAAAAGGCGUCCAGUUUUCUUCAUGGCAACCAUUGUAGUACCUUUUUUCAUCAUCACAAUCAUCUCUUUGGUUGGAUUCGCUCUUCCAUCCAUAUCUGGAGAGAAGAUCACCUUCCACACAACAAUUCUGCUUGCCACAGUGGUGUUUUUACUCCUGGUACAAGAUCAAUUCCCUUCCACCUCUGAAACCUUCCCAAAGAUAGCCGUCUAUUUUACGAUUGCAAUGAUAUUAAGCUGCGUUUCUUGUGUUAUGUCCGCCAUUGUAAUGUACAUCUACUACAAUGACUUAAGUGGAAUGAACAUGAACAAAUGGAUACGACAAAUAUUCAUAGUGUGGAUGGGGAAAAUAAUGUUUGUAAAAGAAAGAAAUGUUCCACUCAAAGCAAACGGUCAACAAAAGGCUGACACUAUGGAAAUGAGACCAAGGGUUUCAGGCAAAGAAUUCCGAAAGAGAGGGGAGAGUCGGAAAACCAUAAAAGGCUUCACAAGACCCGAUUGUAUAAGUAUCUAUGAAGAAAUGAAUAACGACCAGUCUACGAAUGGUGUCCAUGGGGAAAAUACACAGAGAGAUCAGGAAAAUGAAACUUUUGCAAAAGUUAGAUUCCAAGAAUUUCAGUCCAGUAAUUACAGCAGCAGCACCACCAACAACAACAGGGCAUCCAUUUAUUAUAGUUAUGAAGACUUUGACCCUCCAGCUCGGAGAAUGAAUGACUGGGAAUUACUGGCGUACACGCUUGAUAGGUUCUUCACGGUUUUCUAUGUCUUCAUGACAGUUUUGAAUUCCAUGGUGUUUUUGAUCAUCAUGAAUAGUCAUGAUACUCUUUAGCAAAUUUAUACUGUAAAUUCCUUAUUUUACGCAAGUACCGGUAUUUAAUUCCGCUAUUCUGCUGUUUUGCAUCAAAUUGCAAGAAC